GCGCUAGGACCCGGCGGGCAGGGGCUGCGGCGGGGCCUGGGCGGCCUGCGAUGCGCAGACCCCGGCUCUAGGCUCCGGGCGCCAUGUGAGGGGGCUCGGGGGCCGCGGGCGCCAAGCGCUCACUGGGGGAGAUGAGGAAACUGAGGCUCAGAGAGGUCACAUGGCUUGCCCGAGGCCCCCCAGCCAGUAAGUGGUGAAACCGGGAUUCGCACUGGCACCUGAGAUGAUGUACUGACCAUGGCCUUCUCAGAGCAGGACUGUGACGGGGCAGACCAGGGGGACAGUGGUCCUGGCUGAGGGCACUGCUCAAGCAAAGGUGGGGAAACUGAGGUCUGGUCUCAUACUGCCGGAUGUUGUUUGGGGAGCGAGGAGCAGAGCUGGGCUUGUUGCCUCCCAACCAGGGUCUCUGGGGUCAGCGCAGGAAGGAAGCAACAGUCCCAGACUACAUUGUCUGGUGCGAACCCACUCCCCCACCCCCUGGUCUACCUGCGGGACGUUGGCCCCCACCCCUCAGCAGACGCCGGAGAGAGAUGAGUAGCAACAAAGAGCAGCGGUCGGCAGUGUUCGUGAUCCUCUUUGCCCUCAUCACCAUCCUCAUCCUCUACAGCUCCAACAGUGCCAAUGAGGUCUUCCAUUAUGGCUCCCUGCAGGGCCGCAUCCACCAGCCCGUCAAUCUCAAGAAGUGGAGUAUCACUAAUGGCUACGUUCCCAUUCUCGGCAACAAGACGCUGCCCUCCCGGUGCCACCAGUGUGUGAUUGUCACCAGCUCCAGCCACCUGCUGGGCACCAAGCUGGGCCCCGAGAUCGAGCAGGCCGAGUGCACCAUCCGUAUGAAUGACGCACCCACCACCAGCUACUCAGCUGAUGUGGGCAACAAGACCACCUUCCGGGUGGUAGCCCACUCCAGUGUGUUCCGUGUGCUGCGGAGGCCCCAGGAGUUCAUCAACCGGACCCCUGAAACCGUGUUCAUCUUUUGGGGCCCCCCGAGCAAGAUGCAGAAGCCCCAGGGCAGCCUCGUGCGUGUCAUCCAGCGGGCAGGCCUGGUAUUCCCCAACAUGGAGGCCUACGCCGUCUCUCCCACCCGUAUGCGCCAAUUUGACGACCUCUUCCGGGGUGAGACAGGCAAGGACAGGGAAAAGUCCCAUUCCUGGCUGAGCACAGGCUGGUUUACCAUGGUGAUUGCAGUGGAGUUGUGUGACCACGUGCACGUCUAUGGCAUGGUCCCCCCUGACUACUGCAGCCAGCGGCCCCGCGGGCAGCGCAUGCCCUACCACUACUAUGAGCCCAAGGGGCCAGACGAGUGUGUCACCUACAUCCAGAAUGAGCACAGCCGCAAAGGCAACCACCAUCGCUUCAUCACCGAGAAGAGGGUCUUCUCGUCCUGGGCCCAGCUGUACAGUAUCACCUUUUCCCACCCUUCCUGGACCUAGGCCACCCUGCCUGUGGGAACCUCAUAGGGGACACAGGAGUGGCUCACAGCCCAGCCGCUCCACCACGGAGCACCCCCUGGCCCAUCAAGGCCUGCGGGAGUGUCUCCAGGCCAAUCAGGGCCAAAGAGGGCUUGUCCUUCA